CUGUUCUCUGCUCCACACUUUCAGAGCACCACGCAGAAGUUAUGAACACCAUCACCAAACUAGUUAACUUUCUCAGGGCUUCAUCAGCUCACCAGCAUCGUCUGCUCAGGGAGUUUUUAGCAGAAGUAGAUGCUCCUGCCAAUGACCUGCUCUUGCACUCCAAUGUCAGAUGGUUGAGUAAAGGAAAAGUGCUGGCUCGCUUUUGGAAGCUAAGAAAAGAAAUUAAAGAUUUCCUUGCACAACAAAAAAAUCACAAGGCUCAUGUGUUUUUGCACUUUUUAGAAGAGGAAAGAAACAUGGACACACUGGCCUUUCUGGUUGACAUCACAGGGCAUUUAAAUGACCUCAAUCUGAAGCUUCAAGGGAAAGACAAUUCUGUGUGUGACUUGGUGGCUGCAGUCCACGCUUUUCAGAGGAAACUGGACAUUCUGAAAAUGGAUCUUGAGCAGGACUGUACACAUUUUCCUUCAAUGAAGGAGAUACAGGAGAUCAAUGUCACUGCUCAUUCUGACUUUAUCCAAAAGUUGAUUGAAAACUUUAAGGCUCGCUUUGAUGGCUUUCCAUUGGGAGAUCAGCUGAUGCUCUUUGUUAGGAGUCCAUUUUUUGUUAAGAAUGUUAUUUCUUUCUCAAAGGAGGCAGUACAUAUGUACAAAUGGGUUUAUGCACAGGCCCUUCAAAUGGAGCUAUUAGAUUUACAGGCUGAUGUAGUGUUAAGAGAGCAAUGUGAAUCCUCUGACCCGGUCACAUUUUGGCUGCAGACUGUGCCAAAGGCAAAGUUUCCUGUACUUAGCAAAGUGGCAGUGUACACAUUAACAAUGUUUGGCUCUACCUAUAGCUGUGAGUCAGCCUUCUCUACGCUAAACAUCAUUAAGAAUAAGUACCGCUCACAACUGACCAAUGACCAUGUGCAUGGAUGUCUGAGAAUUGCUUUGACUCCAUUCCUUCCCAGAUUUAAGAGAUUGGCUGCCAGUGCCCAUGCAAAUUUCUCACACUGAGCUAAGUUUAAAAACUUGCUUGUUUACAAAAAUGUUUACUUCAUUUUUUGUUGCACUAAUAGAAGUAUUGUUCAACAUUUUUUACAUAAUGCAUUAUGAGGUGCAUUAUUUGUUCCCUUUUGCACUUUUGAAGUGCAAUGUUUGCAAGUUUAUGUGCAAUAGCAGCUGUUCACAACACUGAAUGUGUUUUUCUUGAGUAGUUAUGAAGGUAAAUCAUUUGCACUUAAUAUAAAAAGAUUGUGACUUUCAGUCUUUAUUUUUAUGCUUCUGUUUCUGUUAUUGAUGUUCAAAGGUUUGACAUUUGAAUAUUUGCACUAAAAUGAAAUAAUACUUAAAUGAAUUUCAACAAAAUCAGUUGAAUAGAUUUAAACAAAGAUUUUAUUGUCAAAUGUUUUAUAGUCAUUUUGUUGCACUAAUAGAAGUAUUGUGUAAUUUUUUUAAUAUAAUGUAUUAUGAGGUGCAUUAUUUGUUCCCUUUUGCACUUUUGAAGUGCAAUGUUUGCAAGUUUAUGUGCAAUAGCAGCUGUUCACAACACUGAAUGCAUUUUUCUUUGAGUAGUUAUGAAGAUAAAUCAUUUGCUCCUAAUAUAUUAAGAUUGUAAUUUUCAGUCUUUAUUUUUAUGCUUCCUGUUGCUGUUAUUGACAUUCAAAGGUUUGAUAUUUGAAUAUUUGCACUAAAAUGAAAUAAUACUUGAAUGAAUUUCAACAAAAUCAGUUGAAUGUAUUCAACUGUAUUCAAGUAUUCAAGAUAAAGAUUUUAUUGUCAAAGAUUUUGCCAAUUUGUUGACAUUGUUACAAUUUAAUAAAAUGAAAGCAAACUUAUUUUGUCGGGUGUUUUUGCAUCUCCGGACCCUCGUUUACUGGGCUGAUCUGGUUAGUGGACCUCUUGCCAAUUUAGUUGGGGACCCCUGCUCUAGACCCUUCCAGAGCUGAAA